GCUUUGUGUCCCUGUGGUCCUUGGCUGUGGUGGCCUUCGAGAGGUACCUGGUGAUCUGCAAACCCCUGGGCAACUUCACGUUCCGGGGCAGCCACGCGGUGCUGGGCUGUGCCGUCACCUGGAUCUUCAGCCUCAUCUCCUCCGCGCCCCCCCUCUUCGGCUGGAGCAGGUACAUCCCCGAGGGGCUGCAGUGCUCGUGCGGCCCCGACUGGUACACGACGGACAACAAGUGGAACAACGAGUCCUACGUGCUCUUCCUCUUCACCUUCUGCUUCGGCUUCCCCCUGGCCGUCAUCGUCCUCAGCUACGGGCGGCUGCUGCUCACCCUGCGCGCGGUCA